GCAGCGGAUGGAUCAGUAUGAGGAAUAGUGUGUGUGUUUGUCAUGUAAGCGUGCGCACAGGGCUGCGUGUGAGUGAGUGUGUGUGUGAGUGUGUGCUGUGCUGUGUGCGUGUUUGUGUGCCGACCCAAUUCCGACCGAACAAUACGAGCCGCGGGACAGGCGAAGUGAGACCGAUCAACUUUGCCUUAAUAAUCGCGCAUACAUUUGCAGAAGACUCGCUUGGAAAAUCAUCAUCGUCAUCAUCCUCACAAUAAUGUUUAUUUUUUAUCCGGUGCGGAUUCUGCUCUCCCUCAACUGAAAUAUACAUAAAUAUAUAAUUAUAUAUACAGACAUCUAUCAAGCUACUUGGCGGAGGAGAGUUGUUGCAGCACUUUAGUAGUAGUUAGCAAGGGGCCGUCUCGAUUCUCCAGCAUAAGUUCAUAAGUGUGCUCUUUGUGCGUGUUUCUGUAUGUGUGUGUGUGUGUCGUUCACCAAGUGUGCAAAACCGAGCAAGCGCACGAUCGCAAAUGUAACCACUUAAGUACUUAUUCAUAACCAGUUAGCUGCGUUUACGAGACAGCGCGAGAAAAAAAGUUCAUCAGCUCGGUCUCGCGAGCUAAUGACAUAUAAAUCAAGAUGUUGAAGACCUUAACGAAAAAGCUAAGGCGGCAGUCCCUUAAUGAGAUGCACCCUUUUCAGCUCAAGAUCUCCUACCACGGCAGCGAAGAGGGCUGGGAGAGCGAGGACUCGGAGGGGGAGAACCAGGAGCUGGCCCAGAUCGACAGGGAGCGACGGCGAAACUGCGGACUGACCCCGCUGGCCACCAGCCAGCAGCACAAUCAGGGGGCGCUCUCCCCUGCCCAGCUACGCCGGCUCCGGUUGCUGUUGGACCCCACACUGGACCGGCACAGCUCCGAGGAGGAGCUGGAGCGCAUUAGCCGCGACUUCCUGCAAGGUGGCGCCGGUGAGGGGGUGAGAUGGGCCCUGCACCCUUGCCACGCCGAACUCAGCAGCACCUCCAGCGACGAGGAGGUGAAGGACCUGUGUGGGCCCAUGGAGCCCAGCUCCUGCGUGACCGCCUCCCCCAGCCCCGUGCUCUUCAGCGCCUCCCCGCCACGUAAUCUGCGGCCCCUCAGCCGGGGCCAGGCCCGGCCCAUCAUCUUGACUCACUUCGAGCAGCCAGCAGGGCCAUACCGGCGCCACAGACCCGGCUAUGGCGGGGAAUCGGGGAGACCAAGCCUGGAUCUAGAGAAGAUGCAACAGAAAAUGCUCCUAAAGAAGAACUGCGGAGGGAAGGCGAGGACUAUAAAGAUCCGGGGUGGCACUCGUGCGGCACACAGACACUCUGCAGCGUUGGUUAAGGCCGAGGCUUUCUCUGACGGACAGGUGGAACCUGUGGAUUUCCAGCUGGUGCAUGUACAGGUGGAGGGACUGUCGGAUUUUACACUUGAUUCUGGAAACCUGACUGGCAGCCGGCCACCCCCACGGUUCGCCUAUGACCCGUCGGUCUUCGCCUUCCGGUCCCUGAGCACAAUCCCACCCAGGAGCCCCCUAACCCCACCCGAGGAGCCCCCCUGCACCUGAGAUCCCAUCAUCAUGCCCCUCAAAACACACUACUUUUGGACUCAGAGAGACCGGAUAAGAUGAAGAACUACACGAAUAAAAAUAUAUGGAGAUACAGCAUAUGCAUAUAUAUACCUACAUAAGCAUAUUUUUCGUAAGAACUGAAAUAAUUACAGACACGUUACAGGAACUUUAAGAAUGAUAUACUGCCAGAGUAAAAUCGACAGAAUUGCCUGACGAAGUGGAUUCAUGAAACACUGCCCCACUGACCUUCGUCAAGUUCACUCUCAGGAAUCCCAAUGGAAACAAAGCGUCACAGUACUUACCCCUGAAGAUCCAGGAGUCCAGUCAGAAGACUUGAAAGGGGGAGAAGCCUGUGUACAGGGGUACAGGGAAAAGCCAAUUGCCCCCCCCCACCCCCCACAAAGCACACUAAAAAAAAAACAAUCAGCUGAGGAUCAAUCGAAACAAAGGAACCCCCACUUUGGGGUUAUCUGAGUGUGGGUAUCAGCCAAAUCUGUCCAAACACCCAAAGCCCAACUUCCGUGUCAGGCGGCCCCAAGAGGCGACAGGCUAUGAGACAUGAUGAACAGGCCUCAGACACACACUUACCCCCUGGAGAAUUCUGCAGAGUCCUCCCACACAACAAAACGACAUCCUUGGGGAGUGAGUUCCAAACCCAAAAGCUCACAAAGCCCCCACCAACCUGGCAUCAUCCACCAACAACCUAUAUACCCCGGAAGCAUCCGGAAAGCAAGCGCAGCGCCAAUCAGGUGCGAGUGGAGUCAUAUCAAAACCCUGGAGGAAGGACAGCCAGCCCGACACCUUGAACGCCUUCUUCCCCACGUCGCCGAGUCUCCGGCAGUGAAUGUACAACCACGGGCUCGUCAGCAGGUCAAUGUGCUAACCAGGACAGAUCAGAAAGUUAUUUUUGAAUGUUACUUUGUUACGAUAAUAAAGACUUUAUUUAUGCACACAAAUGUACCAAUUAGGCAUGAGCACUGAAAUAAAAAGACCGAAAUGCCACUGCAGUAGCCAUAGAUUUGCAGGAACGACUGUAACCGAGUAAGAACAGGAGGAUUCCCUUUAGCCAUCUGUCGCGCGCACGUCCUUUGAAUAAAUGCCUCGUUGCCUCACGCUC